CACGAUCGGAGUUAUUUUGUAAAAUAGUGGCCUCAAAUAAGUCCUUUAAAAUCCAGCCCAACCAAAAAUAUUACCUGAUCAUCUCCCACAUUCGAAACCACGGUCGCCGGCGAUCUCCUUCCGUAACCUCCCCUCCUGUAAUCGGCAGCACGUCGUCUCAAUUUCCCUCGAAGACAAACUCGGGGGCUUCAUUUAUGGACCCUUUUGAUGACAUUUUUUCUGAGCGUGUUGUCACAGCUCGAGCUGGGGUUAGAUUUCAACCAAAGACCAAACCACGUCCUAAAAAACAAACUUUGGCCCCUCAAUUGUCCGCAAAAUCUCAAGAUAUAAAGGGAACAAUUUUAGAUGCCAAAUCUUGUCCUGAUGAUAAAGGAAACACGAAAUCAAUCAAAUCGUCAUCCCAACUUCCUGUGACAGAGGAGAAAAGGGAAUCUGAAGAUGGUUUGCUCUCUGGCACCGCAAGAUCUGAUUUCAUUGGCUGUUCACUUCCAACCUCUGUAGAAAGUGAUAAAGUGGUAGACUCUACACAGUUCGAUUUGGAUUGUUGUGGUAGUCUUCUUCCUUCUGGUUCUACUAUCGAAGAUGGAGUGACUGAUGCAAUUGAUUUCACUACUUCCCCCUCGGGUCCAGUUGGAGUAAAAAAGCUGACUGAUGAUAACAAAAAUUCGGAACUAUUGACUUAUUCCCAUCCUAGUGCAUCUUCAGCUCAUGAAGCUAUGACUGUGGAUCAAGGUGGAAUAGGAUCAAUCCAAUCUGAGGACGUGCAUUCCAUUGAUGGUAAAAUAGCUGGACAGAAUAUUGAUCUAUUUUAUGAGUUGGAAUGUCUAGAUGAUUUUCAUAACCAACCACAGAAUGAAGAUGAUCCUUCAAGCCUUAAGCAAGCAACAAUCUCCAAUGAGGGUGGAGAUUUGGAUAAACAAAGGUUGGAAAUAGAGGAAUGUGGGGCAGUGGCUAAUGUCACCAUGGAUACACUAAGUUCUGUGACCACUACUCCCUCUGAACGAUCUGCUUGCAAGUACAUACCAAAACCCAAGAUGAGAACUGCAGGAGACGCCUGCACACAAAUCUCUCAGCCAGAAAUUUCUAAUAUGCUUCCACCAUCUCCACAAGUUAUUUCUUGUGAUACCAACGGCAUGAAUGAAGCCUCAAUUGGGACGCAUUCGGAUGGUGUUCUUAAUGAUUCUUCGAUUAACUUUGAUGGUUAUGCUCCGGUUAACCAGGACACUGAAACACCUGUUAAUGUAGAAUCAUUCACAUUUGACUCUUAUGGUGACAUACUCGUGGAUGAUUUUAAUUCGGAUGAUCAGGAUGCGAUGUUAAGAGAAGAGAAUGGUAAGAAUGAUGAAGAAGAACCUUCAAGGCAAUCAAAUGUUUCUCAGCAACAAAAGAUUUGCCCCUCAGUUGGUGAAGAGAUCGAGCACAGCAAAACUUCAAGGAAGUUGAGAAAGAAGGUUUCUCAUCAACUUGAUGAGCCAGAAGAUGGUGUUGACGUUAAUAGAAAGUUUCCUAAUGAACCUUCUAGUAAUUCUGGUAUGCAUGGCAAUGGCUACAACAAAAACGAAAACCCAAAAGGAGGUCAAGGAAGAAAAACAUCAACAAAGUCUUCGAAACCUUCUAGUGAGAAUGAAAAACCAACUCGGAAGCGCAAGGAGGCUAAUAAAGCAGUUCCAGAUUUGCAGGCUGAAAAGCGCCCUAAGAAGUUCUCUCAUUCAACUCGUCGGAAUAGACGACAAGUAAACAAGGUUUUACUUGAAACACCGGAGGAUGAUAUUGACUUUCAAAAAAUAAGUUUUCGGGAUCUCAUUAUUUAUCACGAGCACAAAGAGAAGUUAGAGAAAAAAGUGGCAAGCACAAGAAAAUCAGAAACUAAUCAAAGAACUGAUACUUCCGCUGAGGAGAUUUAUAAUGAUGGAGAGGAAAACCUUGCUUCUGAACAAGGUAAAGGUACCGAUGACGAUGAAAUGCCUGAUGUAGUUGACAUGACUUCUGCUUACUUUAAUUACCAGUCAUUCAUGGACAAAACACCACGUACAAAGUGGUCAAAGUCGGACACAGAGCGUUUUUAUGAGGCUGUUCGACAAUUUGGAACGGACUUUUGUAUGAUACAACAAUUGUUUCCAGGCAAAACACGCCGCCAAAUUAAACUAAAGUUCAAAAGUGAAGAACGUCAUCAUCCAUUUCGCUUAUCUGAUGCUAUAACUAAUCGUGCCAAAGACCACUCCCAAUUUUUAUCGUUGAUUGAGCAGCUGAAAGAAGCUGCUAAGGCAAAACAUGAAUCCAAUCAAGAUGAGUUGACUGAAAAUACUGGGGAUGAGGAGCAGCCAGAGUUGUCUCCUCAAACUAACGAGGAAGAAGUGGAGCAACCUGAAGGUGUGGAGGAGACAGAAAAGAAAGAAUUUGUUGGUGGUGAAAUUCACAGUCCACUGAAGGGUGAGGGAAGUGAUGAUGAUGAUGAUGAUGAUGAUGAUCCUAAUAGAUGGGAUGAAUAUAAAUUUGAUUAUUAAUGUUAAUGUAUGUCCCACUUUCUUCUCACAUUUUUGUGUUAUGAAUCGUAUCCAUGAAUCAAAUCAAUGCAUUGGCUUUUAGAUUAUUUGUGUUGAUUAA